UGUAGGGUUGCUAUGAGUUGGAAUCCACUCGACGGCAGUGGGUUUUGGUUUGGUGUUCUUUCACUAUCUAGUGAUCUUUAUAGUGAAAGACUGGAUUGAUUAUAUAGGUAAUUGGUAGGAGGCUUCUCUAUUUUUCCAACAAUCCUCUUGCCUCAGUGGGAGUUAGCUGAUUCAGUGAUCAGGAGUAGGAAGUAUGGAUGACAUCAAGUUGUUUAACCAAUUUUUUACUCCUAAUCUCUGUACCUGCCGUCUUGAAGAAGCUGUAUGCUUAUACAGCUCCUCCAGGAAAAAACUGUGCCUCUCUGCCCACCUUUGGCGCUGCGUGUUCUGGGAAGGGGCCAGCUCUCCACUAGUCUAUUUUGUAAUACAAUUUCCUCUGCUUUCUCUCCAUCUCUAUAAAGUGGUGGCAUUUAAAUCGACUGUGGCCCCAGACCUUCUCACUGCUGUUAUGCUGUGGUUCCCUUGUCAGUGUCUUUAUUCUGUUGGGAUUUAGCGAGGGUGGGAGGUUUAGCGCAUGUGCCUGUUUAUCUAGCCUGUGGUCUUAAAAUGAAGCUUCUUUGUGCCAUACCAUUGCUGACAGCAAGACUGCUUGCCACUCCAUGUCUCUGUUGGCUUAAAGAUUGAAAUGAAUUUAAAUUGUUCUCUGUGUUCAUAAAGCAUAGCUAUCAAUCUUUAGUGAAAUGGGAAGUUUUAAUUAAUUUAUUAUUUUGAGGAUUAAAUUUCUCAUUGUAACUACUUGUUCCAUUUAAGUAGAAGUUAAACAUCAGUGAUCCGUGUGAUGUCUCCCAGAUAGAUAGAUUUCUAUUCCAUUCAGGAAUUGGGUGACUUUACAAGACCUUUCUGUUCGUUCAUAACUUUAUACAGAUAAGUAGAGAUAACAAGUCCUGCUUAUUUUUGAUUGUUUUGUGAAAGUGGUAACAGUUUCAUCACCAAACUCUUUAGUGCUUAAUAUGUAUCAGACAUUGUUCUAAGUCCUUUAUAUGUGUAAACUCAUUUAACUCAAUAUCAGUAGUUACUGUUAUUAUCCCUAUUUUACAGAUGAUGAAACUGAGGCACAGAGAGGUUAAAGAACUUGCCCAAGGUCACAUAGCUGGAAAUGACUUAAAGGCUUUACAAGUACAUCUGUUCAUUCUUGCUUCAGACUUUACAACUGGGGGCCCACCCAGUCUGGACGCACCUCUUAUUAAUGUUACAAGGAAACUGCUACCUCAGCAAACAGAAGGAAAGAAGACUUCUAAUAACAAAUGCCAAGUUUUUCAAAAGUUGUUUUCAGAAAACAGAGGAAAUUUGGAAAUUUUUAGCAUUAAGAAGAAGCUUUACAGGUAAAUGGAUUUGGCAGGCAGGCUCUGUCAAAGCUCUGCAGAGGUUUGUUUCUCCUUCUUAAGGAUUCAGUGUGAAGUAAUUCUGUACUGCUUUUUAAAUUGCUGUUGAUCAGCGUGUGGGUUUUUGGGUUCUAACUUUUCUGGUAUAUUGAAGAUACAUUAUAGUACAUUACGAUACCUUAAAUUACGUUUUUAAAAGUUAAGUUAUUUUUCUGCCGUUGUAAAUAGAAGUAUCAAAAUAUUCUUUCAAGCAAUUAUAGGGAAGCAUUUUUCUCUGCAGGCAUCUUUUUAUUAAGAGUGGAAUGCUGCACAGUUCUUAUACAGCAUUUUGGAGACACUUUUAUUUUUGUCAGAGGUCUUGCCUACACUGAAAAUAUUAAUUAGAUAAACCUGUUGUCCUCCUCACAUCCACAUUGGAUCACAUGGUCACCUGCCUCAUGGAAAUGCCUUUUUCAGAACUUAGGUUUGCAGAACUCCGCUAUUUUUAUACCUAGCCACGGUUUUGAAAAAAGAGUCAGAACCCUGACCCCCUCCUGGAACCUGGGACAGCUCCUCCUCCCGCAUGUAUUGCUGCAGUGCCCAGGACAGUAAAAUGGACUACAAGCGGCGCUUCCUGCUUGGCGGGUCCAAGCAGAAGGUGCAGCAGCACCAGCAGUACCCACUGCCUGAGCUGGGCCGAGCACUGAGUGCUCCCUUGGCAUCUACGGCCACCACCACACCCCUGGGCAGUCUGACUGCUGCAGGCAGCUGCCACCAUGCCAUGCCCCACUCCACUCCCAUCGCUGACAUCCAGCAGGGCAUCUCUAAAUACCUGGACGCCCUCAACGUCUUCUGCCGUGCCAGUACUUUCCUCACGGACCUCUUCAGCACUGUGUUCAGGAACUCUCACUACUCCAAGGCAGCCAUGCAGCUUAAAGAUGUGCAGGAGCAUGUCAUGGAAGCAGCCAGUCGGCUGACCUCAGCCAUAAAGCCUGAGAUCGCCAAGAUGCUGAUGGAGCUUAGUACCGGGGCUGCAAACUUUACAGAUCAGAAGGAAUUCAGUGUCCAGGACAUUGAGGUGUUGGGACGAUGUUUCUUGACAGUGGUGCAAGUCCAUUUCCAGUUUUUGACCCAGGCAUUACAGAAGGUCCAGCCAGUGGCCCACUCUUGCUUUGCCGAGGUUGUCAUGCCAGAGAAAAAGAGCAGCAGCAGUGGCAGUGGCUUACCUGGCAUGAGCCACACACCUGAACUGGAGGAAGCUGUGCGAUCCUGGCGGGGGGCUGCUGAGGCAACAUCUAGACUAAGAGAAAGAGGGUGUGAUGGCUGCCUGGCGGGAAUUGAAGUUCAACAGCUCUUCUGUUCUCAGAGUGCAGCAAUUCCUGAUCAUCAGCUAAAAGAACUGAACAUAAAAAUUGACAGUGCUUUGCAAGCAUAUAAGAUAGCUCUGGAAAGCUUAGGUCACUGUGAAUAUGCAAUGAAAGCUGGCUUCCACUUGAAUCCAAAGGCGAUUGAAGCAAGUUUACAGGGCUGCUGCAGCGAAGUGGAAGCCCAGCAGACAGGGCGGAGGCAGACUCCCCCACAGCCCAUGCAGUGUGAGCUCCCCACCGUCCCUGUGCAGAUAGGAUCGCACUUCCUGAAGGGUGUCUCCUUUAACGAGUCGGCCGCCGACAAUCUGAAACUUAAGACGCAUACGAUGUUACAGCUGAUCAAGGAAGCAGGCUGCUAUAAUGGAAUCACACCCAGGGAUGAUUUUCCUGUGACUGAAGUGCUCAACCAGGUUUGCCCAUCCACAUGGCGGGGUGCCUGCAAGACUGCCGUGCAGCUGCUGUUUGGCCAGGCUGGACUGGUAGUGGUUGACACGGCACAGAUUGAAAAUAAAGAAGCCUAUGCUCCCCAAAUCAGUUUAGAAGGCUCCAGAAUCGUGGUUCAGGUCCCGUCCACGUGGUGCCUGAAAGAAGACCCUGCUACCAUGUCCCUACUGCAGAGAAGCCUCGAUCCUGAGAAGACGCUGGGUCUGGUAGACGUGCUCUACACGGCUGUGCUGGACCUGAACCGCUGGAGGGCAGGGAGGGAACAAGCUUUACCAUGUAUUCAGAUCCAGCUGCAAAGAGAGAUCUGUGACUUUGGGAAUCAGGCUGACCUGCCUUCUGGAAAUGGAAACAAAUCUUCAGGCCUCCAGAAGACAUUCGCCAAACUGACAUCCCGGUUCACCAAGAAAGCUUCGUGCACCAGCUCAAGCAGCAGUACAAAUUAUUCCAUCCCAAAUACCCCUUCCAAAAACAUCUUCAUAGCUGGGUGUUCAGAAGAGAAGCCCAAAAUGUCCAGUAAUAUUGAUACAAGGUUACAAAGCAUUUUGAACAUUGGUAAUUUCCCUAGAACUACAGACCCUUCACAGUCAGCUCAGAAUGCUGGUAAUCAAAUGGCCAAUGGUUUUCUCAUGGAGAGGCAUGAGAACUUCCUGCACGGUGAUGACAGCAAGGACGAGAAGGGUAUGAACUUACCAACCGAUCAGGAAAUGCAGGAGGUGAUAGAUUUUCUCUCGGGCUUUAACAUGGGCCAGUCCCACCAGGGCUCCCCACUGAUGACAAGGCGUAAUUCUGCUGCCACAGCCAUGGUGACUGAACAAAAGGCAGGAGCCGUGCAGCCACAGCAACCACCACUGCCAGUGCCCCCUCCACGGCCCCCCCAGGCAGGGACACACACACCUCUGACACCCCAGCUGGGGUUGGCUCCUCAGCAGCAGUCCCCAAAGCAACAGCAACCCCAGGUCCAGUACUACCAACACCUGCUCCAACCCAUUGGACCUCAGCAGCCCCCUCCCCAGCCCCGGGCACCUGGAAAAUGGGUACAUGGCUCAUCCCAGCAGCCAGCACAGGCACAGCCUGUUGGAGCAGGUCUAUCUCCUCUUGGCCAAUGGCCUGGCGUAUCUGAUCUCAGUUCUGACUUGUACAGCUUGGGUUUGGUGAGCAGCUAUAUGGAUAAUGUGAUGUCAGAGGUUUUGGGACAGAAACCACAGGGACCUAGAAAUAACACCUGGCCAAACCGCGACCAAAGCGAUGGAGUCUUUGGGAUGCUGGGAGAGACUCUGCCUUUUGAUCCUGCAGUGGGCUCAGACCCAGAGUUUGCACGCUACGUGGCGGGAGUCAGCCAGGCAAUGCAGCAGAAGCGGCAAGCCCAGCAUGGUCGCCGCUCAGGCAACCCCCGGGGCAACUGGCUGCCCAUGGACGAUGCCCACCGGACCUGGCCUUUACCGGAGUUCUUCAUGGAAGGGGAUGGCCUGUCCAGUGGCUGGUCAGGCGCUCAGGGAGACUCAGCCAGCUCAAGUGAUGAGACGUCCUCUGCCAAUGGAGACAGCUUAUUCUCCAUGUUUUCAGGGCCUGACCUCGUUGCUGCUGUCAAGCAGAGAAGGAAACACAGCAGUGGAGAGCAGGAGACCAACACGCUGCCCUCACCACCUCUUCUCACUACCGUAGAAGACAUGAACCAGGAUAACAAAACCAAAACAUGGCCACCCAAAGCACCCUGGCAACACUCUUCCCCGCUGCCCAGCACACUGCCGAGUCCAAGCACACCUCUCUACGCGGUGGCCAGCCCCAGCAGCCAGUGGAACGACACCAUGCAGAUGCUGCAGUCUCCGGUGUGGGCUGCGACCAGCGACUGCAGCGCCGCCUCCUUUACCUACGUGCAGACCCCACCGCAGCCCCCACCCCCACCAGCACACAAGGCAGCACCCAAGGGCUUCAAGGCCUUCCCCGGGAAGGCUGAGCGCAGGCCAGCCUACUUGCCCCAGUACUGACCCCAGGGCCAGCCUGCCCACCUUCCCAGAGCUGUUGGGACCAGUGUUCCCACCCCAGGGCUGUGUAGCUGACACCAGCUCCCCAGGCAGGGAUGCUUGGGAACCCAGGAGGUUGGCAGCUCCAAGCCUUUAAAUCCUGGCUUUUCAAACUUGGAAGGCAUCAGACCCCUGGAGAGCCAGCUGAAGAUGGAGGUAUCUAACCCUCGGGGAUGCUUGGGAAUCUGAGUGCUUAAUAAGCACCUCAGGUGAUUCUGAUGCAGGUGGGCCACAGACUAUUCUUUGAGAAACACAGCUUUAGAAGUUUUUAGUCGCACUGUAUGUGCUGGGAAGGCAUCAGGCCUGAAAGCUGAGAGCAGAACUGACCAUUCUUCCAAAACUCCCUCAACACGUUGAGUGAUGACCACAUAAAUCACUGUAUUUUAUGGCUGUUUUUCUCGUAGGUAUUUGGUUAAAACAUCUCCUGCCUAAAAUGCAUCGAAUAUUUUAAGAUAGCAAAUGUUGUGGCUAGAGAUUUGUUCAACACUAUAUUUAAGCUUAUAUAAAAUAGGCAAGUUAUGAACUAUGUGUGGGCAGAAGCAAUCAGUGGGCUUUCUGUAGGAGGGCAGUCCCUCACCGCCCCAGCAGCACCCAGGAGGUGCAGCCUUUACCAGAGUUACAAACGCGGGAUCGCAAAACUGAUGUCAGAAGCGUGUUCCCAACAGUACAUGGAGAUGACCCAGCCAGCGCUGUCCACGUGCAGCAUGAACCAGCACCUCAGAUACUUCCAUGUAUGGACAGAGGCCUGGACAGAGGCCUUGUCACAGUCCUCACAAGGUAGAGGUGUGGCCAGGGGGCUGCACAAGAGACACUUGUGAACUGGCUCAGAAGACAAACCAACGAAGAUGUAGAUAGGAAUUAAUUUAAAGUCUUUUCCUUAAAAAAGAAAAAAGAAAAAGAAAAAAAAAAAACAGAAACAAAAAACCUCAUUUUCAAUUAACAUGUGCCAUUAAAUAGUUAACAUCCUGUGGAUUUAGGGAUAUUUUCCAGCCAGAAUGGAUCCAGAAGAAUUGAAUGGUGCUUAAAUUGAGAAAUAAUAAGUAUAUAUAGAAUAGACAUAUCCCACUGUAUAUUAAUUGAGGUUACAGAAAGUUCUUUAUAUAAAACUUAUUUAAAUUUUUCAUAUUUCAUCUUUGAAAAAGUCUAAUUGAAAAAAUCCAUUAAUAUUUUCUGGUAUGAAAGUUUGACAGUAUUAAUAUUUUUUUUAUAUUUUCUUAAAUCAUUAAGCCAUUUUAAUAUAUGUUAACUACUAAUAAAUGGUUUAUUCUUUCUAACUCCAUAUAAGCUUUUCCAGCAAAGAUUGUAAUAACACAUUUAUGUUCUCAUUUUUCUACAAAUAUAAUUAAAUUUAUAUUUAAAAAUACCAAAAAUAAAUAAAUAUAUAUGUAUGUACACACACACACACACACACACAUACACAAAUCAUAGAGGACCCUGUAGGGUGUCUGAGCCCAGCCACCUGAAUUUUGAGUCCUGUGUUGCCAGGCUGUUUGCAGGCCUCAGGUGUUGUCUUGUGCUGUGUGGGGAUGCCGUUGCUGCCUGUACUGAUGAUACUGUCACCAUAGGUUCACCUCACCACGUUUACAGACAACUAUUUUGUACAUAGACUUUUUCAGGCACAUGCUUUGCACCAACCCUGCGUGGCUCGUCUGUGUUAGCUGUCACAGUGUGCACACUUAUCUCUCUGUUGAAGUUGUGUGUGGCUGUUUCACUUGUAAGAUAGUUUUCUAGUUCCUUCAGUAACGUGUCCACAGUACCCUGUAUUUCAAGUUCUAUUAUACUAAAGUACUCUUGUUUUUAUAGUGCCUCCCCAAAGACCUCACUCUGGAUGGAGGUCAGUCCUUGAUUCCCUAGCACAGGUGACAACCCUGUUAUCACUUUCCAGUUUUUCUCUAUUAAGAAAGACAUUUUGUAAUUGCAUCUCCAUGGGCUGUGAGACCGUGUGAAGCUGUUUGUGUGGUCUCCAUGUAGGUGCUGUGUUCUCAGCACCACCUUGCUCUGAACACUGGUAAUUCCAGGUGCUGCGCUCGGCAGAGGGGUCUCGCCAAAGCGCACGUGUAUGUGUGUGUGUGAGUGUGUGUCCGUUGCAUGGCCGGGCGUGGCUGCCUUGCUCGGGCAUCAGCAGGACAUGGUGUGAAUAGUUAAACGCUUCCAAACUGGAACUCUGCAUUUUGUAUCUUACUUUUAAAGCUCCUAUAAGUGAAAUAACUAUUGGCUUUAUUAAAAAUAUACAUUUAAUAAUACUUUGUAUCUUUGUUUAAAAUGAGUUGCAAUCGACACCAUCUCAGAAGUCUCACUUAAUUCAUUACUUUGAAAAGCCUGGUCCUGCACCUGGGUUGGUUCUUAGGUCAUCCUGUCCUCUGAUUGAGACCUGCCAGGGAAGACCACUGGAUGAGCUGGGGUGGGUAGACAGGAAGCAGAACAACCCACCACACCUCUCCUGUUGAAUUCCUUAAGGCCCCAGCGGGGUGCAGCCUCUCCACAGGUGGAGCCAAUGUAGUGAUGAAGGAGCCUGUCUCCUGAAAGCUCUCUCCUUGGGCUCUGAGCUGCUGCCACCCACAUCCCGCCAAACAUGGGUUUGUGAGCCACCCAGCCUGCCUUUCUGAGGAGCUGACCCAGGGAAGAGGACUCAUUUCAACCCCUCCUUCCACCAGGACCCAGUCCACUGGGAGAGAGGCCCCAUCCCACUGGUGAUGCCAUCCUGCUAAGCAGAAGGAAGGAUUGUAUGAUGGGAACCACAAAUAGAGGACGAGCUUCAGCUCAUUUUCAUUAUAGAAAGAAAAUACUUCAUUAAAACUCUUAAAACUUUUUCAUGAAUUUAGGAAAAAGGAGUAAUGAGUGAGCAUUAGUCUAUAACCUAUAACCUAUCAGUGCAAGUACCACUCAGGUUUUUUCUGCUGAGGUACCCGGAAGUUGAGCCUAGGGACCAUGUCCCAGAGCCUGCCAAGUGCAGCUCAGGACAAGGUUGCUUAGUAACGGCCAUCUCACAUGAGUGUACCAAGGAAUAAACUGACAGUUCAUAUUAAAAUUCUAGCAGGCAAAAUGCUCUUAUUUGUGUUCCUAUUUAGCACUCAGUGCUCUUCACUGACUUCUGAUUCAUAGUGGUGGACACAGGAGUCCCCUCGCCCCAGCUGGGUGACCCAUUGGCAGGAAUGGAAGUAGACAGAUGUUACAGCUGAGCUCCAAGAGGGUCCUUGGCGGCCUCAGCCUCGGGACAGCCUAGUUGAGAGAGGGAGGAGGACACACAGGAGGUAAUGUCCUUAUGAGGCUUGUGACCCUCCUUUGCCACCUGGGGGCUCCUUGGAGAGUGAGGCUUCCAGCUCCAGGUGUAGCUGAAAUGUCACAUCCCGGCUAUGGGACUGGGAAAAGAUGGCUCUCUGUGCACUGUGUGUCCACUCUCGGGACCUGCCUGCUGAGCUGGAGACAAAGAGGAAAUAAACCUUUCCAGUGCUCCUUGAUUGCCAGAGAAGCCAUGCAUGUGGACCAUAGGCGCUGGGAAGCCCGAGGAACUUCCUGGGGCAGGCCCCUGGAAGUAACACAUGGAGCUGGCCUUAUAAUUCCACAGGGUAGGCUGGCUGGGGCCCAGGCCUCUGCAUGUCUGUGAGGGAACUGGAUGUGGCGUGUGUUGGGAUUGAGUGGCAAAUGUACGCCUAGGAGAGAGACUGUUUCAGAAUUGUUGGUUUCAACAUUUAUAAUUUCACCUAGUGGCCAGACCCUUGCUAGGAGCCAGGGCUGCAAAGAUGAUGCAGUCCCAGCCUCGAAACUCAGUCUUUUAAAGGACACAAAAAUACAGAGUGUCAGUGUAAUAGGUUGCAAGCUUUAACAUUUUCUCUUCAGCCCCCAGCGUACCCUUCUUCAUGCUCAGUUGAGGACCUGACCAUAUACUGCAUUGUCAGGUGAGUUGUCGUGCCUUUGACUCGAUUCUGACUCAGUGACCCUAUAGGACAGAGCAGAACUGCCCCCAUAGCAUUUCUU